ACUCACUCUCACGCACCGUCUUAGACCUUUUUUGGCACUGAGUGGCAGUUUCUUCCAGCCACUCGGUCCUGUCUGAGCGUUUGUGAGUUUGAGGUCUAGUGCUCACAGUUGGACAAUGUCAUGCUGGAUGUAGCAACAUGUGGAAGGCAACUCUUGUUUUGUACAAUCUCUUAAUGCUUGGUGAGCCUCUCUUGGCUCAGGAUGAUGUCGCGGCCAUCACUCCUCAGGACUGCAGUCUGGACUGCAUCCAACAGGGAGGACCUGGCUGCGAAUACUGCAGAAUAACCAGAGUGGAUAUCAAAAAGGCUCUGGGUUUUAACUCCAUCGAACCAUUUGGAAGUUGUAUUCCAUGGCCGUGUUUUGACUUGCUAGGAAAAGAAGAUCCCAAAAUAUGUCAGCACUAUGUGCAAGCACCAAAUGAAGUGAUGGUUGAGUUUGUACAAGAGCCAAACCCCAAAUCUGACACCAUUGUUGUCUCCUGGAAGCCCAGCUAUUAUGGGAUUGCUUUCUUGCGAGGCUUUCAAGUGUCCCUCCAGGCUUUGGGAGGGUCUGUUAUUGGCUGUCAGCUCUUCCUCUUUCACCGUAACCUUUCCCUUCCAGCAUCACAUGCUCAGAUGGUGUACAAAUCAGACCCUUUUCCCGGCCUCUCCCUUGGCUCCCAGUAUGCUGUUACAGUCCUGGCCUUGCCGGUGCCUGAAGAGUGGGAGAGGUUCUACCGCAGCAAGAUCUUCUCCACACGCUCAUGUGCAGACAAGAACGGCCUUGAGCAGUGCAAAAAAGACUGGUACCCCAAACAUAUUGAGGUCCAGCAUGAAGGAACUUCUGUCACUGUGACCUUUAACCUGGCUCCUCCAAACCUGGGCAUCAGAAGCUACUUCUCAGUAUGUUACUCAAGUGGCAUAAAGAAAUACACAGACAUAACCCCUAAUUCCUCCAAAAACAGAACUCACCAUAGCUUUCAGCUGAAUGACCUUCAGGAAGGCACCAAUUACACUUGUGAGAUUGCAGCUAACGAAGUGGAUGCAGUGAGGAAAACAUUCAAUGUUCAGGUCAUGCGCAUUCACAAAGAAGAUGUCUCGCCACCCUCCGUCACUCCCGCCUUGGCUCUUCUGCUUCCACUGUGCCUGGCCGUGGUAGCCAUUAUUCUAGUCUUACUGGCUACUCUGACCAGGAGGAGGCCCAAGUUGCAGAUGAAGAAGCUUUUCAUGAAUCCAGAGAGCCUGUCUUGCACCUCUGGCCUGUCUUUGCCAUUACCAGCUUCGUGUGAGAUACAACAUCAUCAAGAAAGCAGGACACAGGAGGAAGAGAUGUCAUUGCCCAGGACCAGGCUGACCCCACCUCGUCUUUUGAUGUGCUACAGCAGCCGUGAUGGCCCUGCUCACGUCAAAGCCGUCAUGCAGUUAGGGGCUUUUGUACAACAGUACAUGGCCACUGAGGUGUGCCUGGACCUGUGGGACUCUCUGAGCGUGGCUCAGGAGGGCAGUAUGGCCUGGUACUGCCGGCAGAUCCGGGAGAGCGACUUCAUUUUGGUGAUCUGUUCUCAGGGCCUCAAGCACAGACCUGAGCAUCCAGAGCCAGAGGGUGACGAUGAAGAUGAGGAGACAGAGGCGGUGCUGGACUUUAGGUCCAACACAUUCAGCUCUGACACAGCAGUCCAACUUAUUGGAGAGGAGGUGGGUCGAGCCAAAGCCCAGGGUCAGGACCUGUCCAAAUACAUGGCAGCCAUUUUUGAGUACUCUCAGGACACGGACAUACCUACUGAGCUGAGGCUGGUAUCUCACUACAUGCUGACAAGUGACUUGCCGCUGCUCUUCUCCCACCUGCAUGGAGUUGCUCUGCAUAGGCCAGGGGCUUACCUGAAGAUAAACCACAUCUCAGAGGAAGGCUUUACUAAUUUACCAGCUGGGGCAGCUCUGCAGUUGGCUAUCUAUGAGGCUGGGUUGACAAUGAGGGCAAAAGGCCGCCAGUCUGUGGGAGGAGGGGACUAAACACUAAAAAAGACAGACAAUCAAUAUGGUCACAAACCUGAUGGUUUCAUACCUGGCCAGACAAGGGAAGCCAUCAGCUCACAGCUAGCAGGUGAGUUGUCCAUCUACAAUCCCUGCUCAUGUGCCCUUAAGCAAUCAGCCUCUGCCUCAGUUGUGCUGCAAUGGCAGCAAGCGUGCACUUUGACCAAUGAAAUGUGUUAACGUGUGUACAAGAAGGAUUUGUAAAAAGAAAGCUGUCACACUCAUACAAAUGUGUUUAGUAAACAUGUUUGUUUUUUUGCAUGUCACAUGCAUAAAUAAACUAUUAAUCUCAUACUUGAGUUAUUGAAGUUAUUCUCUGAGAAUGUUUGCCUUGAAGUACAUAUUAACAUGUAUGCAUGUAUGCUUAAAGUCAAGCUUAUACGUUAUUUUUGUAUCCCUUGUGGUCAUAUGAGAAUGGAUUAAUAGGUCCUAUCAUUUUUAAUUUUAUCCUGACGAAGGUUACAUGUAUUGAUACAUGUGAAUCAUCUCACAUUUUGUAUUGUAUUUUGAUUAACUGCAGAUUUUAUUUUAUGCAUCUUAUUAUCAAAUAAAAUAAUAUUCAAACAAG